UCAUAACCUCACAUCCUUGAAAAUUGACAUUUCAAAUUGGUUUACAUCCUUUUAAUUCUCAUGUUUGGAACAAUAUUGUUUUAUUGAGCAAAAUGAUUCACUAAAAUGGACGACUAUAAGUUUCUUUUCAAAGUUGUACUCGUGGGAAAUGCAGGAGUUGGAAAAACUUGUCUUGUUCGGAGGUUUACUCAGGGAUUGUUUCCUCCAGGUCAAGGGGCAACUAUUGGGGUCGAUUUCAUGAUAAAAACGGUGGAAGUGGAUAAUGAAAAAGUCAAAUUACAAAUAUGGGAUACUGCUGGUCAAGAAAGAUUCCGAUCUAUCACUCAAAGUUAUUAUAGAUCAGCCCAUGCCUUGAUUCUAGUUUAUGAUAUAUCUUGCCAGCCUACAUUUGACUGUUUACCAGAUUGGCUACGAGAAAUAGAAGAGUUUGCUAGUAGUAAAGUACUUAGGGUAUUAGUUGGUAAUAAAAUUGAUAGAGAAGACAGGGAAAUUCCAACUCAUGUUGGAGAAGAAUUCGCUGAGAGGAACAAUAUGUACUUUUUAGAGACUUCAGCUAAAGAGGCUGAAAACGUUGAAACAUUAUUCAUCCAAAUUGCAACUGACUUGAUCAAGCAAGCUAGAAAUAGGGAUGUUCCUAAAUAUGAUGGUACUACCAUAAUUGAAGACAGCACAACUUCUGUUGGGGAAUCAAAUUGCUGUAGUAAACUGCAAUAAUAGUAAAUCUCUCAAAAACUUCUUUACUGAGUUGAAAGCUUUAAUGUAUUUGUACUUAAUUUUAUAUCAACUCAUUAUUUAUGUAUCAAAUUUACGAACUAAAAACCUUCUCAUAUGAUAAUGACACUAUUUCGGUUGACUGCUCUUGAGACUGAUUUGGAGCAUUUAUUCGUAUUACUAUCCUCAUAUGUGAUCUCUUUCAACAUGCUUUAUUAGAAGUAUUGUUGUAUUAAGUAUAUUGUUUUUGAUUUGCUUUGAACAUAUUUUGUUCAUGGAACGACAGAUGUAUUAUUAUUAAAUCGAAUUGUAUUGAAGAAUCAAUUCUAGUUCUUUUAUAUUUACUAUGACGCUGGUUGUUAUAUUUGUUUAUUCUUAUUUUAUAUAACGAUAUUAUCCAGGAGCAUAUGAACUUGCAAGAUUGAAUUUUAUCAAGAACUUGAUAUUUCUUAUUUUUUCCAAGGUGUAAAUGUUUUUUUUUUUUUGAAUAGUAUAGUCUGCCUUCGUAGCUCCAAAAAUAUACUAGAUGAACUAUCUGAACAAUAUAUGUAUGUGUCCUAAUGAUUCCCAAGUAAAAGUGGAUUGUUUUUAUUGAUUGAAGCUUUACUCUUCAAUAUGAUGCCUUUUGUUGAAAGUUUUAUUUGUACUUAUAGUCACUAUUUUUGUCUGUUAACUGAGGUUUUAGAUAUUUUCUUUUUUUAUUGGAUUUUCUCUAGAACCCCAUUUUAAAUGUUGAUUUAAUUAUUUGUUGUUAUGUGUAGUAAAUAAUAUGGCAGCUUUUAUCUAUAUAAUUGUGGUGGAGGUAUAGUUCAAUCUUUAAUAUUGUAAAUUUCUUUGUUGUAUUUCAUAUUGCCAAAGAUAAUGAGCAUUGUAAUAAAAUAUUGAAAAUUAAAACCAUAUCAAUUCA